CAUUGACAAUCUGAAAAUGCAUAAGUUACACCGUGUAUGUGCCCCUAAUCAGCAAUCAAAGAUAGACACACAACGCGAACCAUCGUGCGUAGGCGUUGUAAACAGCUGUUCGAAUCUAGAAUUUAAAGCGCAAAAAAAGUGUCCACAGAAACUUAACGGAGAGCACGAGAGCCUGAGAGCCUGCCACCGUCACAGAGAGUGAGAGAGAGAGAGAGUAACUAAGAGUGGAAGCAAGAGAAAGCUUUUCGAAUGUGUGCGUAUUUUAGCUGAACUUCGGCGCCGUUCAAGCAACGCGUUGACACUCAGUCGAACGGGCAACGAAGUUGCAGACGCAACAAAUUUUGUGGUCAGCGGGUCGUGGCUCGGUUCUUAGGCAUUGUUUCUCCUGUGGUGGUGCGUGGCAGCGGCAGAGCCCUAAGCGCAGCUUCUGUUAUUGUUUAUGCACACAUACAUACAGCGCGCAAAUACACGUACACGUAUAGACACACGCACACCCAGGCACAUGCCAAUUUUUACUCAUACGAAAUCGUAGACAGCAACACAGCGCAGCUAUUUUAGUACGCUGCUCUAGUGCUCAGUGACGUCACAAGUUUGAUCGCGAAAGUUAAAAUUGUAUAAGAGUGUUAAAGAUAACAGCAACAACAACAGAAACAGCAACGAUGAAGCAAAUCUACCGCAUCAACUUACGGCACUUAGUGCGUCACAUUCAGAAUCGACAGCAAUUGCCCGCCAACAACAAUUACCGCAAAUUCACCUGCCUGGCGCCUAGCAACACUGACAGCAACAUCAGCAGCAUUAGCAACAGAUGCAGCAACAACAACAACAGCAACAGCAGUCUGCAGCAACAUUUGCCCAUACCUAGCCGCAGAUACUCCAAGUUCAGCACGCACCUGAACAGCGAACGGGCCAUGGAGCUACUCUGCAAUCUGGAUGCAGAUGAACGGCAUAAUUUAAGGGAUGCAAUGUUCAAGCUGGAGGCGGACAAGGAGAAGAAACAGUACGAAAGUCAACUGGCUGUUGGCAGUUGGCGAACACGCUUCGGACGUCUAUCCAAUAAGGUGGGCCAAGUGGAUCCAACGGGCACUUUUUGUGCGGUGCCCGAUGAGUGGCUCAAAAAGAAACUUGUCGAGGCGGCGGAACCACCAACGGCUCGACAAUUGUAUAGCAUUUUCUUUGUGAAUGCAGUGCCAUUUGUAGCGUUUGGCUUCCUGGACAAUUUCAUUAUGAUUAUGGCCGGUGAAUAUAUUGAAAGCACUUUGGGUCACUGCAUAACUGUAUCGACAAUGGCCGCUGCUGGUUUGGGCAAUACCAUAAGUGAUAUUAUGGGUAUUACGAUGGCGACCUACGUAGAGGAGGGAUGUCAGAUGUUGGGCCUGAAACAACCGCGAAUGACGCCCGCACAAUUCGAAUUGAAGUCAAGCAAACGAACCUCCAGCUGGGGUCGCAUCAUUGGCAUCACGGCUGGCUGCCUGAUCGGUAUGUGUCCCUUGUGGGUAAUGAGUGACGAAUCAAAAACUGUGGCAGAGGACUAAGAGUAUAAAUAUCUUAACUAGUAUAAAUGGUCAAUUUAAAUAGAUGAUGGGUUCGAAAAACAAAAACCCAAAACACACAAAAUUUCAUUGUUUUUUUGUGUUUGGCUUAUUUUUCGCAUUGCCACAACUAUUGAAUUUUGAGUCUUAAGAGAUUAAAAUAUGAGACAAUGCUCUGCAUAGUUCUUACUUAGUCAAGCGAACUAAAGUGACACUCAAUGUACCUACUAACUAAAUACUAUUUAAGAUGAAAUGUGUUUGUAAUUAACUAGGCUUUACAAUUAUAUACUUUCUGACUGCACUUUUUAGAGAGGAAAAUAGAAAAAAACCGAAAAACUCAACUUUAAGCAAUUCAUUUCCAUUCUGUCUCGGAUUGAUAUUCAAAUUAGCGAUAAACACUAAAAGAAUAAAAUUAAUAAAAUAUAUAUAAAAUUGACAAUGUAUUGUAGCUGCAAAAGGUCCAAGAAAAAACCAACAAAAACUAACGAAUCAAAAAUAGUAAAAUUUUGUAGUGAACUUAGCUGAAGGUGAAUUACAUGCCUAAGUCGAUGGUCAUCCAUUAAUGAUUAGCCAAAACACCUUAAAUUAACUAAAUAUUAAUAUAAAGCCUGCCGAGUAAUAUAUUAAUAUUAAUUUUAUUAUUUACACCUUUCACUGUAAAGUGCCUCCGAAUUGCUUUAACUAUGCACCUCACUUCUUGAAGCUUUUCCAAACCCAUUUGUCGAAAAAUAUAUAAAAAAUAAA